AUGCCGAAUGCCUGGUUAAAGAGUCGUAAUAACCUGGAUCAGAAAAUUAACAACGGUCAUUCAAACCCAACCUUCCAAAUCAAGAACAAGGACGACGUUGCAAAGACUGGACCACGGCACAGCCCUGCAUUGCCACCGAAGCCACGACUACCUUAUCCUGUAUAUUCUCCACAACCUGUCCUAAUACUGCCAGCUCUUAAACCUACCUCGCCAGCCCUUAAUAGUCACCAGAACAGCAGGGUGCCCAGUCCUGCCACACCAGGGCAACGGCCUCCACCACCACUGAGAAAUUCUGCCAGUAAACCAACCAAACCAGCCCCUCCAAACAGACCGCUGCCAGUGGACCCAAUCCCGAGGACUCCAAAGGGCUUGCAGAGGCCAAAGGUGCCCCCAAAAGACCCGCUUAAUAAUAGCCCUGCUCCUAAACCCAGGAUGCUGACAAGUAAGAAAGCUCUGUUGCCACCUACUGCACAGAAACAACUGGAGAACAGAAUUAAUUCUGAAACCAACCCAUUCAAAAGGGACCAUUCCUAGUGUGCACUGGGAGAAGAAGGAUUUGGGAAACUCUGCUCAUUGGGAUUUCACUGGAACUUCUCAAGCACCAUUUGCACUAACUGGGCCUCCAGCAGCUAUCUCAUAAUCUGUCACUAUCAGGGUUAACGCAAUAAUCGGUGUGAUGCUAAAUUCAAUGCCACUAAAUGUAGAGGAACCAUUUUACAGCAUGUAACAGCUUUUUAUUG